ACUCAGUUCGAGAAUAAGAGAAAGAAGUCGAUAGGUUUGAGCGAUGACAAGGUUCUAUCUUUCGGAACCGGGGGAGGAGAAUCCGACCACUCCGAUCUAGAAGCUUCCGUCGUGAAAGAGAUACCAGAGAAACGUCCAAAGAAACGUGGAAGAAAGCCGGCCAACGGUAGAGAAGAACCGUUAAACCACGUCGAAGCAGAGAGACAGAGACGCGAGAAACUGAACCAGCGAUUCUACGCGCUACGUGCGGUUGUACCAAACGUCUCGAAAAUGGAUAAAGCCUCUUUGCUUGGAGACGCGAUUGCUUACAUCAACGAGCUUAAAUCGAAGGUGACCAAGACGGAAUCUGAGAAAGCCCAUAUCAAAACCCAGCUCGAGGAAGUGAAAAUGGAGCUCGCCGGAAGGAAAGCGAGCGCCGGUGGAGAUUUAUCAUCGUCUUCCUCCAUGACGUCGAUUAAACCGGUGGGGAUGGAGAUCGAGGUGAAGAUAAUCGGUUGGGACGCGAUGAUAAGGGUGGAAUCGAGCAAGAGAAAUCAUCCCGCGGCGAGAUUGAUGUCGGCGCUGAUGGAUCUAGAGCUUGAGGUGAAUCACGCGAGCAUGUCCGUGGUUAACGAUCUGAUGAUUCAGCAAGCCACCGUGAAGAUGGGAUUCAGAAUAUACACGCAGGAACAGCUCCGUGCCAGUUUAAUCUCAAAGAUCGGUUAA